AUGCUUUAUAUGUUCGGAACUACAACAUCAUUAUGUUCAUCAAAAGAUACAGCACAAUGUCUUUCGCUAGGACUAAACAUGUUUUGGCAAUUUUCUGCUAAACUAUUUACCAAUGUUCUUAUGUUUAGCUUACCAAUAAGAAUUUUCUUUUAUAUGUUUAGUCCUAUUAGUUUUCUUUACCAAAUAUAUUUCAAACCACAAACUGAAGAAAGACAACCUCUAACUCAGUCUUCAUAUAGUGCAUUUGAAGAUGAUAGUUGUUUAACUGGAGAAUAUAACGAGCAAGUAGAUCCGAUUGUUAAAUCUAAACGUAAAGCUAUUUCAAUUCGAAAUUUUAACAAGUCGUUUAUUACAGACGGUGAACCUAGAAAAGUUGUCGAUAACUUGAAUUUAGAUGUUUAUUAUUCUGAAAUUUUUGCUUUACUUGGUCACAAUGGAGCUGGAAAAAGUACUACAAUAGGCAUGCUGACGGGAUUUUUAACCGUUGAUUCAGGUAACGCUCUGAUUGCUGGCCAUAGUUUAAUUCAUGAAGCGGAACAAGUUCGACAAAAAAUUUCAAUCUGUCCUCAAAAUAAUUUGUUUAUUGAUGAUUUGUUAGUUAUAGAACAUUUAGCCUUACUAAGUAGCUUUAGAGGCGUUCAGGUUCACGAAGUUUUGGUUAAAUUGCAAAAUUUGCAAUCUUAUCAGGUUGAAAUUUACCAACGAUACGCAAUUAAACAGAAACAAAAAGCUUCGGGUAACUACAAGGACAAUCACAGCGAUUCUACUACGUGGGAAGGAAUAUUAGAAAUAGUAGACCGAUUUUCUCUUUUCGAUAAAUUAUUUUUUUUUCCGCAUAUGUUAUCUGGAGGGCAAAAACGACGUUUGUGGCUUGCGUUUGCUUUAAUAGCUGAACCUAGUGUUGUCUUUUUAGAUGAGCCAACAUCUGGAGUCGAUCCUGUUGGGCGACAAGAAAUUUGGAGAGUUAUUCAGGAAGAAAGAAAAUCUGGACGAUGUAUUGUAAUUACAACACAUCAUAUUGAAGAAGCUGAAUGGCUAGCUGAUCGCAAAGCUGUCAUGUUUGAUGGCAAAGUUCGUUGUAUAGGAUCAAACUUAUUUCUAAAACAAAAAUUUAACGCUUGUUACUAUCUUGAAGUGCAACUAGUUUCUAACCUUACUCAACGUCAAAGAAAUGAAGUCACUCAGAAUAUUACAUCGCUUCUGAAGUCAUACAUUCCUGAAGCAGAGUUGCUAGUUAGUAUAAAAAAUGCUGGAACUUGGGUAGCUAGUUCGAUUGCUGCUGGUGUUCUUACUUAUUCGAUUCCAAACAAAUAUGUUCCCGAUUUAUAA